AUGAAGACUGCAAGCUCCACCACCGUCCUAGUUAUCACUGCGGCUCUUUUGUCUUCGGAAGCUGGCGCCUCGAAGGAGUUCGUGGCAUUGAUCCCGAACGGUGGCAACGUGGCCGGCGCCUCCGCCAUCGGCCAUUCGGACAACACCGGAAGAUCGUCCGCUACGAACGCGUUCGGCAAGGCCUUCGCGGACGCCGGCAAGUCGUGGACGCUGAGUUUGUGCCAGGCGGACACGGACGGCGACGGCCAGACGAACGGCCAGGAGCUGGGAGACCCGUGCUGCGAGUGGAGCGUCGGGUCGACACCUCGCUGGACGUCGGGCGUCUCGCACCCGAGCGACGCCUCCAAGACUUCGAACGAGAGUCUCUGGGCCAGCAUCAACUGCACCGGCGUCACGACCGUCUCGAGCUCAGACGCGACUUUGCUGCAGCCGUUGGGACUCGGCAUCACUGUAGGCGCUGCGAUCGCGCUGAGCUUGCUGUGA